AAGAGACGCUGCAUAACAAGCUGUAGUCUUUAUGCUUUCAAGAUGGAUUUUGUGUAUUCUUCACUUCUUUUAUUGAUAAGGGUUUUGGCAUUGGCUGCAGCUCCAAUUAGAGUGCCUUCUUUCGACGACGAUCAAGAUUUUGGUUUUAAGAAAGAGAUUAUCAAAACUAUCAACGACGAUCCUUAUUUGAUUGACAAAUUUGCAGAUAACCCUCCUGUUGAUAUAACGAGGUAUGAUAGUACGGCCAACCACGAUUCACCAGAAAGCAAUGGAGAACACUAUAGAACGGAACAUGGAGACGGGUUUGAUGUGUUAGAGAUAAUACGCUCACAGGGUGAGCUCAAAAGCAAUCAUAUAACAGAUGUAGGAAAGAACACAUAUACUAAAGGUAAUAAUAUAAAAGAUGAUCUGGUGACUGAAAACUUGAAGGAAAUUACAGUAAGGGGCAAUCAGGAAAAAAGACUGGGUUUCGAAGACGCCAAGAUCAUAUCAAUCUUUACUUAUUUAGAAGGAAAGAAACCUAGUUUACAAAAGCCAGGAACUCAGCAACAGCCUUCUAAGCCGGCAACAGGCCAAGAGAAUAAGCCUCCCGUAGACCAGGCUAGCAAACCUUCCACAGGCCAAGCUAAUAAACCGAAUAUAGGCCAGCACCAUAGGCCAGGUCAUAGGCCAGUGCACUGCGGCCAUAGGCCAGGACACUGUGGCCAUAGGCCAGGACACUGUGGCCAUAAGUAUAAACCCUGGUGUGGCAAGAAAAAGCCAAACCAUGAAAACGAAAGGUUAUAUACAGAAGAAGAAGUGAUGAGCUUGCUGACCCUAUUAAGCAGACUAAAGAAGAAUAAACACUGAAUAAGCUGUAAUUAUUACCUUUAAUAAAGUAUAUAA